UCAAUAAAAGCCUUUCCCACUUUGCCCAUGUCAGAUUUUCAGCUUUGUUUUUUUGUUGGUGUUUCUCAGAAGGCGAAAUGUGGUUUGUAUUAUCAUUUAAACCAAUGGUUGAAAUGAAAUAGAUCAAAUGCUACUGCAGGGGUUGUGCCUGAGUGCUGAAAUUUAUUCUUUUGAUAGUUUGCCUGGCUGCUCAGAACUAGAGGCAAAACAAAAAGGUUGUGUGUUAAGAUCAAAGCAUCUUAGAGGGAGAUGCUUGGCAGAAUGUGAAGGAGGGAGCAGGAUCUGUGACUAAAAGAACCAGUGAUCUGGAUGGAGAUCUUCAGGAGAGCACAGCCACUGUCAUUUAACCACGGAGAUGAAACUCCAGCAUCCUAUUGAACGCCAUGACCAACAGUAACGAUUGUUGUCAAAACCAGAAUCUUAAGAGUAAGGACUCCAUGAAAAAUGACAGAAGAGGUUAUUGUUAUAGCCAAGUGGGAUUAUACUGCACAACAGGACCAAGAACUUGACAUAAAGAAAAAUGAACGACUCUGGCUCCUUGACGACUCAAAGACAUGGUGGAGGGUAAGAAAUGCCUCUAACAAGACCGGAUAUGUGCCAUCUAACUAUGUGGAAAGAAAGAACAGCCUGAAGAAAGGAUCCCUUGUAAAAAAUCUUAAAGACACAUUAGGUCUGGGCAAAACAAAGAGAAAAACAAGUGCACGAGACGCCUCACCCACCCCCAGCACGGACGCAGAGUAUCAGUCCAACGGCAGCAGUGCCGACCGCAUCUAUGACCUUAACAUCCCUGCUUAUGUCAAGUUUGCCUAUGUAGCGGAGCGGGAGGAUGAGCUAACUCUGGUGAAAGGAACACGUGUUGUUGUCAUGGAGAAAUGUAGCGAUGGCUGGUGGCGUGGAAGCUAUAAUGGACAAGUGGGCUGGUUCCCAUCUAACUACGUCGUAGAAGAAGGAGAGGACGCCAUGGCAGAUUCCCCCAGUUUCUUUUCUAUUAGGCAUGGGGCAGCUAUCAGCAAUGGUCAAAAUGCUAGGGUCCUCCAUGUGGUGCAGACUCUGUACCCCUUCAGCUCUGUGACAGAGGAAGAACUUAACUUUGAAAAGGGGGAGACCAUGGAAGUAGUUGAAAAACCAGAGAAUGACCCUGAGUGGUGGAAAUGUAAAAAUUCCCGUGGCCAGAUUGGCCUUGUUCCCAAAAACUAUGUGGCCAUUAUUAGCGAUGGCCCCACCAUCAGCAGCUGUCACACCCCUCAGAUAAGCUACACUGGUCCUUCUCACACAGGACGGUUUGCAGGAAAGGAUUGGUACUAUGGGAACAUAACACGGCACCAGGCAGAAUGUUGUCUGAAUGAACGUGGGAUUGAAGGGGAUUUCCUCGUCCGAGACAGUGAGUCAUCGCCGAGUGACUUCUCAGUCUCACUGAAGGCAUCAGGAAAGAACAAGCAUUUUAAGGUGCAGCUGAUGGACGGAGUGUACUGCAUUGGCCAGCGGCGAUUUAGCACCAUGGAUGAAUUAGUGGAACAUUACAAAAAGGCUCCCAUCUUCACAAGUGAACACGGAGACAAAUUAUACCUUAUUAAACCACUUCAGUGACCACGGCUCUGAGGUGGGCCAGCGUCAGGCCUGACACACAGCUAGAAGCCUUAGGUUUGGACAGCCACUUUUACAGAGCAGUCAUUCCAGACACGCUGGGGCUUUUUUGUUUCGUUUUGUUUUUUUUAAACAUUCAGAACACACCGUAUGAUCGUGGCUCAUUCUGGACAUGUUUGCUCUGUUUGGUGGGUGUUCUUGUCCCUUUUUUAAGUGUUUAUAAGCCUGUAUGUCUCCGGUUCUGUUGAAUUCCUUUUCAAAGGUUGAAAGUAAUAAAACUUCACUAAGUGACCAUUUUAAGCACUCGCUUUAUGCCUUGGCUGAAAGCUCCCCAGUCCAGGACGUGUUUUAGUUAAGAAGUGCUGCUGCGAUGGACGGGUACUUUCCGUUGUAACAGGACAGCGUUAUUCGUUCCUAGUUGCCCACACUACCAGACCCCCUUAAGGUAAAAGCAGGCCGUCGGGCACAAUCUGAAUGCACUGAAGCGGUUUCUGUUCAAAAUAUUGAAAAAGGAAAUUUGAAUGACCUGUUGGUCUCAGCUGUGAAUCUUUUCCUUUAGCAACUGAAAAUUGAAUUUCAAAGCACUCCGCUCUCCCCGGCGCUCCUAUGGUUAAGCAGUGCUCUCAAUGAAACUGCUCUCCCUCUCUGUUUUUUUUUUCCUUUGUUCAACAGCAAGAUUGUACGGAAAGUGUAAUAUUUAUAAACAAUAAUUUCAGUUCUGAGUCUUUUCUAGAGGAGGUUGUUGCUUUGUGGGACAGCGAGCAGCUCAAGCCGAACUGAGAUCUGAAUGUUUUUGUAAUUGUACAACCAGACGUGCCGCCUCUAUAUGCUUGUUUCUUCUGCCCUAUUGCUUGUUUCAAGUUAAAAAAAAAAAAAAAAAAAGACAAAAAAAAUUAUAUAUUAUGUAUUUAAUUCUCAGAGUAAUAUGUACCUGUAGCUGAUUGUGGACACUAAUACUUAAAACGAAUAAAAACUUAACAAGUUUGGUUUAAAAA